AUGUCAACAUGGGCUCAAAUUGGAUUUCAAAAUAGUGCAUCUCCUUUAAUAGAACAAUUAAUUUUUUUUCAUGAUCAUGCUUUAUUGAUUUUAAUUUUAAUUACAACCUUAGUAGGAUACUUUAUAAUUAGAUUGGUAGUUAAUAAAUUCGUGAAUCGUUAUCUUUUAGAUGGUCAGAUAAUUGAGAUUAUUUGGACAGUCUUACCUGCAGUUAUUUUAAUUAUUUUAGCCCUCCCUUCCUUACGUUUGCUUUAUUUAAUUGAUGAAACUACUGAGCCUAGUUUAACAUUAAAAACAGUAGGUCAUCAAUGAUAUUGAAGUUAUGAAUACUCAGAUUUUAAUGACAUUGAAUUCGAUUCCUAUAUAAUCCCUACAAAUAGAUUAGAUUUAGCAGAAUUUCGUUUGUUGGAAGUUGAUAACCGAGUUAUUUUACCUUAUUUAACUCAGAUUCGACUUUUAGUUACUGCAGCAGAUGUUAUUCAUUCUUGAACUAUUCCUAGUCUAGGGAUUAAGGCUGAUGCUAUUCCAGGUCGACUAAAUCAACUAAAUGUAUUUUUUAAUCGACCUGGGGUUUUUUAUGGGCAAUGUUCAGAAAUUUGUGGAGCUAAUCAUAGUUUUAUGCCUAUCAGUGUGGAGGCUAUUAAUCCAGUAGAUUUUUUAACUUGAGUUAAAUCUUUUU